AAGCUGUCAUUUGCUCUCGUUUCGUCCAAGCGGUAGUUUCCCGACAAAACCGGUAGGAAUUACAUGACAAAUGUGACCCGUUUCACAGAAAGUCACAAUGGGAAUUACACUGAGACGCUUUCUUGGUGUUAAACCGUCGAAAGCGCUCCCGUUGUUGCCUUUUCUGGUGACAUUCGUGCUCGUCGGGAGCCAAGGCGAGAGCAAUGCGAUGGACAACGUCGCAACUGAGAGGAUGGCUGAGGAGAGCCAUCGCCAGGACAGUGCCAAUCUUCUCAUAUUCAUAAUGCUCUUAACCCUCACCAUUUUAACGAUAUGGCUGUUCAAACACCGGCGAUUUAGGUUCCUGCACGAAACAGGACUCGCCAUGAUAUAUGGCCUGUUGGUGGGUGUGAUCCUGCGGUUCGGUGUCCACGUGCCCCAGAGCAUGAGCGACGUGAUCCUCAGCUGUGCUGUCAACGCCAGUCCUGCCACUCUGUUGGUCAACGUCAGCGGCCGAUUCUACGAGUACACUCUGAAGGGGGAAGUCAGCCGGAGCAAAGGUCACCAAGUGCAGGACGAUGAGAUGCUGAGAAAGGUGACCUUUGACCCAGAAGUGUUUUUCAACAUUUUACUGCCUCCCAUCAUCUUCCACGCCGGUUACAGUCUGAAAAGGAGACAUUUUUUCAGAAACAUCGGCUCCAUCCUGGCCUAUGCUUUCAUGGGAACAGUUAUAUCGUGCUUUGUUAUCGGGUUGAUCAUGUAUGGCUUUGUGUCCUUCAUGAAAGUUGUGGGUCAGCUAGGGGGAGAUUUUUACUUUACUGACUGCCUCUUCUUCGGGGCCAUAGUUUCGGCAACAGACCCAGUGACAGUGCUGGCUAUCUUCAAUGAGCUCAAGGUAGAUGUGGACCUGUAUGCUUUACUCUUCGGGGAGAGUGUCCUCAAUGAUGCUGUGGCCAUUGUUCUCUCUUCCUCUAUUGUUGCGUACCAGCCUGCAGGAGACAACAGCCACAGCUUUGAGGCCAUGGCCAUGUUGAAAUCUUUCGGCAUCUUUCUGGGCGUCUUCAGUGGAUCCUUUGCUCUUGGAGUGGCCACUGGAGUCAUGACCGCUUUCGUGACCAAGUUCACUAAGUUGAGAGACUUCCCGUUGCUGGAGACAGCUCUCUUUUUCCUCAUGUCCUGGAGCACUUUCCUGUUGGCCGAGGCCUGCGGGUUCACAGGUGUAGUAGCUGUGCUGUUCUGUGGGAUCACUCAGGCUCACUACACCUACAACAAUCUCUCCCCUGAAUCUCAGGACAGGACCAAACAGUUGUUUGAGCUUCUGAACUUCCUGGCAGAGAACUUCAUCUUCUCCUAUAUGGGUCUGACUCUCUUCUCCUUCCAGUCACAUGUUUUCAACCCUUUGUUCAUCAUUGGAGCCUUUGUGGCAGUGUUUCUGGGCAGAGCAGCAAACAUCUACCCUUUGUCCUUCCUGCUCAACUUGGGCCGCAAGAACAAAAUUGGGUCUAACUUUCAGCACGUCAUGAUGUUUGCAGGUCUGCGUGGGGCAAUGACCUUUGCUCUUUCUAUCCGAGACACAGCGACGUACGCUCGUCAGAUGAUGUUUUCAACCACCCUCCUAAUUGUCUUCUUCACUGUCUGGAUCUGUGGCGGGGGCACCAUGCCCAUGCUGUCCUUCAUGAGCAUACCAGUGGGUGUGGACUCUGAUCAAGAAAACUCUAGUUCGGCGGGGUUGGAUGGGUCACUGCGGAGGAACACCAAACACGAGAGCGCCUGGCCCUUCAGGAUCUGGUAUAACUUUGACCACAACUACCUGAAACCCCUCCUGACCCACAGCGGUCCGCCUCUCACUGCUACUCUGCCUGCUUGUUGUGGACCGCUAGCACGAUGCCUCACCAGCCCACAAGCCUAUGAGAAUGAAGGUCAGCUCCAUGACGAUGACUCUGACUUCAUCCUGAACGAUGCCAGCGUGAGCUCCAUGUAUGCCGACGUCACCGUCAGCACAGACGCAUCCGGAUCCCGCACCAUCAACCGCAAGCGCUCCUCCACCACCAGCACCGCGGGUGGCCCGUCUGAUGAAGGUCUGGAUCGAGAGCUCGCCCUGGCGGAACAUGAAGUGGCAAUCAGGGGCACCCGUCUGGUACUGCCGAUGGAUGACCCAGUGGAGCCCCCGACCACGGUCACCCUGCCCCCGCCACCCUCCCCGCCACGCUCCGACCCUCGCAGGCACAGACUGUAAGAAGGCUUGCGCUGUCAGGAUUCAGUUUGUUUCAGAAAUCUCAAAUCAUCUAAGCUGAUUUCACAAAGAAACAAUCUGUUAGUUGAUUUGUUUGGAUUUGUGAUUGAAAUGUCAAACUGUUUUUGUCCCACGUUGACGCGGUUACCUCUCUUGUCUAAGGUUUUCAAAAUAGUCUGAGUUUUGUGACAAACUUGAGGUGUGCUUGAUUUAACUCACCAUUUAGGUGGAUUACUUUAAUCUUGAAUGUGAAUGCACUAUAUGUAAGGCAAGGUACUGUAAAUCAAGUGCACCUCAAGUGUAGUGGUUACUUAAAUAUCAUGCCAGAUGCACGUUUAGCUAACAUUUAAGGAGGCGGUAGAUUUUGCUCCCAAGUUUGUACUAGUACGGCAAUAUGCCAGUGCUUUUGUCUGUUCUCUCUAAAACCCCCAAACACACUCUGACUGUGCGCAGCGAUCCCUUAAACAGUUUUAUAUGCAGUUAAGACUUUUCUCUGUGGUGAGGUUGCUCCUGACAAAAGGUCCUGUAUCUGUCUAGCUUCCGUCAAGUAUUUGUAUGAUGACCUACAGUAUCUUAACAAAUUUAGGGCAGUUCAAAGCUAACCUGAAACUUUGCGCUGUUACCACUUAUUAACACUUAUUACGGAGCAUUUACACUACAGUUACAUUACUAAUCUCAAUAGUGUAUCCACAGACGGGUUGACCUGACCUCGAGUUAUCUUUCCCUGCAUUCCGUGUGCUUGCCUCCUGCUCAAUGGAGAAGGUUUAAAGAGGUGAAACGAGGGAUUUUAAUUGGCUGAAGAGGAAGCCAGUAGGAAAGGAUAUUGUCAUCUGUGAUGGGAACAGUAAUGGGUUUUUAAUUUUAAAAGACAACAAAUAUUUUCUACAACAAGAUUGUAGGUAAAUUAGAGCCACAGCGGUUAGCCGAUUAAUUGAUUAGUUGUUUGAUGGAAACUUAAUUGGCAACUAUUUUAACACUGCAGUCAUUCUAUCAGUUAUCUCUUAUGUUAUCAUCAUUUUUCAGCUGUUUUGAGUUGAGGAUUUGCCACUUUUCUUUAAGACAGUAAAUUGAAUGUCUCUUUGGUUUUGGACAAAACACACUGAAGACAUUACCUGGGCUUAGAGAAAUUUGAAAUGGCAUUUUCACAAUUUUUUUUUUCUUUUACAGCACCGUAUUCUC